AUGGGCGAGAACCAACCAAAGUAUAAAGUUCGUAUGCCCGAAGAAGAUCCAAUAAAUUAUAGAACUCAUGGUACCUCAUUCUACAGCCUGAAACUUGAAAAUAAUUAUAGAUUGGGAAAUGAAGCGCUUUAUCAAAACCCAUUGAUCAACUUUGUCAUUGGUGCUAAACGAUUAUCCCUUGCUUUUGGAGUCAUGGGCGUUCUAUUUUCUUAUCUUAUGGAAAGAACUGGAUUAGUUUAUCCGGAAAUUUGUGAAGUAUUAGCUACUCUCAGUGUGAUUCCAUUCCCCGUUAUUUUGUAUUUAUAUCACCCUUAUGUUUCAAGGAUAUUUCGGAUAUACGAUAUUACCAAACCACAAACCAUGCAAAACUUGUUGAAGAAUGAACAAGUGCUGAUAGAAAAGCUCAAUUGGAAUGGCUUUAAAACCUACAAUGACCUUAUUCGAGUAGACUCUUUUUGGGUUCCUUCGAAUAAUGACUACGAAUCCAGGUUUGGGUACGUCAACUUAAUCAGUAAGGAUCCCACUACUGGACUUAAGAAAAGCUAUUACAUAAAUGAAGGGUUUUGCAAUGUUAAGAUGAACAGGAUAAUGGCUCUUGCUGAAAGGAGAAGUCACAUAUCAACGGGAAGAGACUUUUUUGAAAAAUAA